CUGUGUUGCAGCAGGGUGCGUGCGAGCGCGAGGGGCCCCUGGAGUGGAAUAGAGCCACUAUGGCUGCUGUUUACUCUGAAAAGGGUGGCGAGUUGCAAGAAAAUACCAAUGCACUUUCGCAAGACAGGGAAGGGACUAGUAAUGUUGUCCAAAAUACUAAUAAUCCCGAUCAAGUAAGAAAAGAUGCGGUAGGUGCUGUCGCAGACUCAAGGCAUGGUGGGCCAUCUUCACCUAAGAACCACGCCGAGAUUGUUGGGUUUAACGCUGUGCCACCCAUUACAAUAAAAGAAGAGCCAAUGGAGGAGGAAGAAGAAUAUAUGCAGAUAAACAUAGACGAGAUCGGUGACGAGUCGGAGGAGAGAGCUUCUGCAAAUGAAUCAGUUGGCGAAGAAAAUGUUGACGGGGGGUGGCAAUUCCGCUGUGUGGAUUGUGGCGAGAGCUUCGACAACAAGGAGAUCUACCUGGAGCACUGUCGGUCGCACACCCACGACGGACCCAUCGUGUGCUUGGACAGUGAUGCUCAGUGGGACGACCUGCUUGUCUCUCAGGACGGCGGCCGCAAGACCCUGUGCUGCGCCAUUUGCGGCCGCAAGUUUUCCAGUUCGCGCGGCUUUUUCAGUCAUCAGUUGAAGCACCGCAACCAGGCGCUGAAACACGGCCAGGAGAACAGCUACUCGCUGGGUGGUAUGAAGCGUUAUUACGAGUGCGAGGACUGCGGUAAGCAGUACUCCACUGUCGGGCAGUUUCUCAACCAUCGGCGCUCGCACAAGCAGGCCUCCAAGUCUGUUUUCCACCAGCUGGAGGACCUGAAGAAGAAAUCGUUCCAGUGCCCCACAUGCGACCGUUCCUACUCCCGCGCCUCAGCACUUGACGCCCACCGCCGCUGCCAUGAAGUGAAACUCAUCAAACCCCGUGGUGGUGUGGGGAAGGCACCGUCUGCCCAGGAGCCGUCAGACCAAGAAUCAUUAUCAUCAUCCCAGGAACCAUCAGCCCAAGAAUCUUCAGAUCAUGAACCAUCAAUCUCAGAGCAACCAGGCCAGGAGUCUUCAGGCCUGGAACAUCUGAGUGAAAACGAACUUUCCGAACAGGCUGCCGAAAUAUCCGAAACUUCAGACGAAAACCAGAAAACCCCAUUCACUUGCGAAUGUGGACGAUCGUUUCGCACACUGUGCGGCCUGAGCACGCACCAGCGGUUCAGCUCUGUGUGCAGCCCCACCGUCACGGCCAAAGUGGUGAAAGUGGAAGCCAAGCGCAACUUCAAGUGCUCCCAGUGCGAGAAGCAGUACGACAGCCCCGUGGCGUUGGCGUGCCACGAGCGCUGGCACAAGCGGCGCGACCUGAUUCGCAACAGCGGCGUCUCCCUGUCCUGCAAGGAGUGUGGCAAGACCUUCACCUCGCUCACCUUCUUCCACAAGCAUCAGAGACUAGCGCACAGCGAGGAGGCGCCUGCCAAGUCCUUCCUCCAUCAGGUCUGCCAGCUGCAGAAGAAGUCGUUUGAAUGUCAGGACUGCGGCCGUCGCUUCUCUCGAGCCUCCGCCCUUCAGUCCCAUCAGCUUUGCCACGCAGACGUUUAUGGUGACUUGGAGGCUCCGGCGACGGCGACCAACAACAGUACAACCCCUCCCUCGCCUCAGAAGCUGUACCUGUUAGACAAGGUGAAGGAGACGAACUUUGCCAUCGGGGCGAUGAUUUAUUCUCAGGACACUGCUGUGGAGGAAGGCGCGGGCAUUGAACUUGACAACAGCACUGAGACGGCGGAGUACACUGGCGAGGAAAAUGACACGGAAGAUCUCAACGUAGAGGUUGUCAGUGUUACGGCCUCAGAUACCGGCUCGUUAUCGGACAUUGAGGUGGAGGUGGCUGAGCCGGACCAGAACCCUGACCUGGAACUGGUGUGUGAAUCGGAUGUUGAUGAAGCGGAAGAACCACUCCCACCACCAACACCGCCACCACCACCACAACCACCACACAACACUCUCACUACCACUCUCCCCACAACCGAUAACACGCCCACUUCACCACAGCAUUAUAAGCCAGAGGCGGAUGUGCAAAUCGUCAAGGUCAACUUCACUCCGCUUACUGACCAAAACAUGAAGAUGAAAAGUUUGCUUAGGGGCAUUCCACAGCCUCGGCAGAAAGUGGACUUUGAAUGUCCGGAAUGUGGCCGACAGUUUGAGACUGCCGUUGGACUGCGCUGUCAUAGGCUGUGGCACAGAGGUGGCAUGGGUAAAAAAGCAUGCGUCAAGAAGAAGGUUCCUGUCCCCACGUUUGUCAUGAAACGGUACUUUUUCUGUGACAUCUGUGGACACAAGAGUUACUCAAUGCCUGCACAUAACGCUCACCUGGGCAAACAUGAAGACAGAACCCCUUACAAGUCCAUCUCGUACCAGCUCGCAGAGCUGAAAAAGAACAGCUUUAAAUGUGAAGAGUGCGGGAUGCGCUUUUCCAGACUGUCAGCCUUGCACUCCCACCAACAGCAUCACAACAACACAAAGAAACCAUUUGCAUGCCCGGAUUGUGAUAAGAGCUACUCCAACGCCAGUGGUUUAUACAACCACAAAAAAGUCUGCUUUCCUGGAAGAGUUGUGAAGGACACUCCUGCACCUGAACCUGCACCUGAGGUGAAAAAAGAACCAUUUAAUCCAAAGAAAUCCCUGCUGGGCCCAAAGGCUUACCACUGCAAGAAAUGUGGGAAGAGCUUUUGGUCUCUUGGCGCCUUCUCUUAUCACAAGCAGCAUGCAAGCUGUUGGACUCCAAAGCCAGAGUCCACCGCACCUGUCAACGGCCGCCGACGCAAGGUGGCCUGCCCCAUCUGUGGGCUGAAGUUCAGGAGAGGCUUGGGUUGGCACAUGAGGAAACACAAGCAAGAGAAGCAGGAGCUGCACACCUGCGGAGUGUGUGGCAAGUCUUACCGCAUGCUGGGCUGUUUCCUGAAACAUCAACUUAUGCACGCGAGCGUCCAAGAAAAUCCCCCGCCGGCCAAGUCUUUUGAUUUGCAGGUAGAACAGGUGAAAAAGAACUCGUACAGCUGCGAGCAGUGUGGCAAGCUCUUCUCCCGCGCCAUGGCGCUGCAGUUCCACAUGAAGAGCCAUGCGGUCGAGGAGGAUAUCGAGGCCGUUGCCCCGAAGCUGGAGCCCAGAGAAAGGUUUCCAUGCCCCACUUGUCCCCGUCAGUGUUUUACUCAGGCGGCGUUAGACAACCACCUGAAGUACUGCGCGAAAAAUAAAGAGGUCAAGGUAGAGCAAGUGCCAGCUGUAGACAGUGUACAAGAAUCAGAAUCUAGUUCAAACCAAAAUGUAUCUGUGCCUGAUCCUGGUUUUCUUCAGAUACCCCCUGAGGCCCAACCUUUAGAUCUGAAAUAUAAAUGUCUGCAUUGUGACAGAAGCUUUGCAGUGAUAGGCGCGCUUAAUUUCCAUAAAAGAAUACAUCUUAAAACUCACACCUCAUUAGCCAAAUCGAGGAGAAUGGCCAGACUCAGUCGAGUGCCCCAGUUGACUGCAGAGCAGAAAGCUGGCAAGUAUCCAUUCCAGUGUUCUGACUGUGGCCGCCACUUUUCCAAUAAUUCGGCUCUGGGAACGCACAGGCGGUGGCACACAGACAAAAAAUUUGCUGGGUUCCUGUCGAGCGAGGAGAAAUCCUCGCUUACAAAAUCCGUCGAUGACGGGCCUUUCCUUUGUAAUCUCUGUGGUAAGGGCUUCUAUUAUUUAUGUGUGCUGCGGCGACAUCAGAAAUACCACCCACCCACGGACAACACGCCCGUCACAGCCGCCAGUGCCAGCGCCACAGACAGUACUGAGCCAAUCACGAAUCAGUCAGGGGCCUUGUUAGCUUGUCCUGAGUGUGACCAGACCUUUCAGAUAGGAUCACAGCUCACCAGUCAUUUUGACACUCACCAUGCCAAAUCAACUGCCCCCACCACUGACAAAUCUUUGUCGUCGUCGUCGUCAUCAUUAUCAACGCCACCACCCCCGCAUGUCCCUGCUCCCAAAGCACCCCCAGUUAAGCCCACCGUGCCACCUAAAGCCCCGUCGAGCACCAGCCCCUCUAAAAAGAACAACUUGAAACUGAAAGUCUACCAGUGUCCAAUGUGCCCCAAGAAUUUCCCCACAAUCAGAGGGCUGCGCGCCCACAAAUGGCAGGUGCACAGGAAGCCCGCAGUGGUGCCCCAAAAGCCCUUACCAGUGCCCGUCGAGGUGCCCCAAAAGCCUGUAACAGUGGUGCCCGUGGCUCCCGCAGCGCCCGUGGCUCCCGCAGCGCCCGUGGUACGUCAAAAGCCUGUAACAGUGGUGCCCGCGGCGCCCGUAGUACGGCAAAAGCCUGUAACAGUGGUGCCCGCGGUGCCCGUGGUACGGCAAAAGCCCUUCCCGUGCCCAGACUGCGAAAAAAGCUACAGUUCUCAGGGAGCCCUUUACAAUCACCGCAAGACUUGCAAAAACAUAAAGGUGCAGCCGCCACCCAAACUCUCCAAGUCCUCCUCCAAGCUGCCCAAGCCCCCCAAACCCCAAAAGCCCCCCACCGUCGUCAAGGUGAAGGUGGAAGAGACUCCCGUGGUCAUCCGCCAGCCGACCGAGCUGGUCAGCAAGUGCUUCUUCAAGUGCCACAAGUGUGGCAAGGCCUUCCCCAGCGAGGAGCAGCUGAAGGCCCACCGCGACGUGGCCAAGACGCGGCCCUUCUGCUGCGCGCUCUGCUGCCGCGGCUACUGGACCGAGGCGCAGCUGCAGCAGCACCUGGCCUGGCACGACGAGGUGCGCAAGCGGCUGCCCACUGAGCUGCGCUACCGCCUCAGCACCUCGGGCCCCAUGAGCCCCCCGCGGCCCCCCUCGGCGUCACCUCCCGGCAGCCCCGUGAAGAACACGUCACCUCAGCAGCAGCUGCAGACAGUUGGGAAAGCCGUGACCGUGUCACCGCCGGCACCGGUGAUGUCCUUUCAGAAGGGCCACAAGUGUCAGCACUGUGGAAAGUUCUUUCUGUCCCCUACUGCUCUGCAGGUGCACCAAGCUCAGCACAAGAGCCAGUCCCCUUCCCCUUCCCCUCCCCCUCCCCCUCCCCCAGCCCCCGCACCAGCCCAGCCCUCAGCCCCAGCCCAGCCCACUUACCACUGUACCCUAUGUCCCCUUACUUUCACUGAGGUGCGGGACCUCAUCGACCACCACCAGGAGUGCAUGGGCGACAAGGAGCCUAAGGAGGCCGAGGCUGAGCCUCCCUCUCCCAACAGGAACCUUAGCAGCCUGGAGACAUGCAUCGAGUGUGGCAUGUCUUUUUGUGAUGAGACUGAGCUGCAUCAGCACUACAUCCUACACGCACAGGGAGACUAUUGAUCUAAUGAAGCUAUGGGGGGGGGGAACGAAUGUCUUUGGGGGCUGAGGUUAAAUGAAUGUUUUGUGACAUUUGAAUCAUCUCAUGUAGGUUACAUCUAUUCAUUUCUAUCCCCAGUGAAAGAAAUAAAUCUUAACACUAUACAGCUCUUUUCUUUUAGUUCAUUACUAGCUGGCUUGUAAUGUUGUGUUUUCUAUUGAUGUUAUUUUUAUGUUGCUUUUGUUUGAAGAUAAGUUCUGUUUGUGUUUGUGUUUUUUAAAAACAAUUUAAAUGUGGAGUAGCCAUAGGCUCUAGACCUGUCCAUUGCAUUAAAAUGGUGAACAUUGGUUUAUUCCCCUUACCUCAAGCAACUCAGCUGUCCUGUACACUGCUGCCACCUUGUGGUGUAGUUGCUGCAUUGAAACUUGGUGAAUGCCACAACUCAAACUGGCAUGUUUUUCCAUGGAUGGUACCCCCCAUGCUCAACAGUAGAAUCUGAAUUGAAUCUUACUGAGACAAGUUGUACUAACACUAUUUUUGUUUUUCCUUAAUUAUUUUAUUUUAUUUUCGUUUUGUCAUAUUGUGAAAUGGGUUACUUGAGGCAGUGAGUGGCAUGGUAACAGCAUUAAGAACUAAGAAGCUUGUAAACAAUCACAUGUCAGAGACCUAUAGGUUUGUUUGUAAAAAAAACAAAAUGGCAAAUCAAAUUCAGAGAUGAGCGACAUGUUUUGUCACUAUUGUUUGUUUAGUACUGUUUUCUGCCAGUUCUGUGGAUUGGGAAUUUUUGCACUGUAUGCUCUGAGGCUGACCUUGCUUGAAAUUUCUGUAGUUUGUUGUAUAUUUUCUAACAGUAUAUUUGUAUUCCUUUGAAAUACCCGUUAAUUUAAGUUGGAGCAUGCGGCACAGAUGACUGUUGGAUUGGCCUACAUUGUAAUUGGUAUUACUAUUAAGGCAUUUGAUGCCCUCUCUGUGCUUUUAAGUGUUGAUUCGUUGGACUAUGGUCGUAAAUUAAUAUUGCCGUUUGUAAAUAAUUUCUUACACAACCACUUCAAAGAAUAUAUUGUCAUUAAUUAUUACAGCCCUGAAAGUAUAAUUCUCUGGACACAUUUUCCUCCUGGGUUAUAGCAUAUAUUUGUUACGUUAGCCGACCACACUAUCUCAUGUAAAAUGCAAAGAAAUAAUAAAUGACAACUCUAUACAACUCAACAAAAUUGGGUUUCUGUCUGAUAGGCUCAUGCUUAGAAAAACCAACACUUGCUCUGAAGCUUUAUACUUCUUCAGAUCCUAAUCAUAGAUAUACCACUUUGGGACAGAAAUACACACACAUGUAAUAUGAAGUCUAGUGGUUUUUUGAGACUAGUUGAGUGUCUUUGAAUCUCAAGUGUAAAAGGCGUUGGUUAGUGAUCUCUUCUAGGCUACUACUUUGAAUUAUCCUGAUUGUAUGCAAUGCUUCAAUAAAGCACUAUAAGAAGAUA